UAUAUUAUCCAAGUUGUUGAUAAUGAUAUCCUCUCUCUUGGUAAGUGUUUUUGUUGAGAAUCAGAUGUUUUCUGUUGCAUAAUCCAUUCAUAAGAUUUGAAAGAAUCUUAUCUUCUUUUGCUUCCUUAAACAGAUCUUUUCCUUUUGUACUUGACAAGUACAUAAACAAAAUUAUCCAUUUUUUUCUCUCUUUGUACUUUCUCUCUCCUCAAACAGUACCAUAUUUCUUGCACCAUAUCUGAAAAAAAUUACACCAGAAGAAUACUUGAACAAAAGGGUAAUCAAACUUCAAAGUUUUUCAAGUUUGAGAGAAGUUUUUUAAAGAUAAAGUUAGAUCUUGUUAUGGAGUGUGGUUUAGAUCUGCAUGCAAAGUUGGUGAAUGAAACAGAACAAGUUGGUUUUGGAAAUUUAGCAGAAGAAAAUUGGCUUAAUAAUACUACAAAUGAUCAAGAUGGUGAUCUUUUAGGUAUGAAUAUGAAUGAUGAUGCAUCUAUGUUCUAUGCUGAUUUUCCUCCUUUACCUGAUUUUCCAUGCAUGUCAUCAUCAUCCUCAUCUUCAUCAUCUUCAACACCAUUGAAAACCAUUGCAUGUACUUCAACUACAACAACUACUACCUCUUCUUCUUCCUCAGCUUCUUCUUCAUCUGCAGCUUCUUGGGCUGUUUUGAAAUCAGAUGUUGAAGUAGAUCAUCAAGGUUAUCAAAAACAUGGUCAUCCAUUAGAUUAUCAUCAUGGUCAUCCUCCAACAACUUUGUCAUCAACUGCUUCUAUGGAGAUUUCUCAACAACAGCAACAAGAUCUUGGUGUUUCUAACAAUGAUGUUGUUGUUGGUGGUGGUGAUUGCAUGGAUGAUGUUAACAUUAUGGAUACUUUUGGUUACAUGGAGCUUUUAGAAGCUAAUGAAUUUUUUGACCCUGCUUCGAUUUUUCAAAAUGAAGAUGAAAACCCUUUAGUGGAUUUCACUCAAGAGCAACAAGUUCAAGUGCAAGACGGAUAUCAACAACAUCAACAAGUUCCGAUGAUAGUGCAUGAUGAUCGGGAAAAUAAACCGCAACAAGUGAAUAUCGAGGAGAAUAACGACGAUGUUUUUGUGUGUGACGGUGUAAAUGGGGAAGAGAGUAUUCAAGGAGAUGAAUUAGGUGCAUGUGAUGGUGUAAGUGAUGAAAUGAGUAUGGUUUUCUUGGAGUGGCUUAAAUCGAACAAAGACAGUGUCUCCGCGAAUGAUUUGAGGAAUGUGAAGCUUAAGAAAUCAACGAUUGAAAGUGCUGCUAGGAGAUUAGGUGGUGGAAAAGAAGGGAUGAAACAAUUGUUGAAGCUCAUUCUUGAAUGGGUUCAAACUAGUCAUCUUCAUAACAAAAGACUCAAAGAAAACGCCAACACGAACACAAUAAUACCUUCAAAUAUUGUUCCUCAACAACAUCAUUUUCAAGAUCCGUGUCAGAACCAAAACACAGCAAACACAUUUGCACCUGAAUCGAACGCAUGUUUCAACCAAACAUCAUGGCUAGAUCAAACACCUCUCAUUGUACCUCCACAACAAUUUUCACAACCAAUGGUUGGAGUUGGAGUUGGAUUUGUUGCUGAUCCUUACACAAAUGGUUCUGUUUCAAAUAACAUUAACCCUUACCAACCUGCUGUUACUAAUGAAUAUCACAUGUUGGAAUCAAAUCAUUCAUGGGGUGCUUCUCAAUUCAAUGUUGCACCAAACUACAAUCAAUCAUUUGUGGAAAAUAACAACAAUGUGCUACAACCUCAUGGUAUGAAUUUUGGAGGUUAUGGAAAUCAAUAUAAUUCUUAUCAGUUGUUUCCUGGUCCUGGUGAUAGGUUGAUGAGGUUAGGUCCUUCUGCUACAAAAGAAGCUAGAAAGAAGAGGAUGGCUCGGCAACGGCGGUUUAUGUCUCAUCAUAGGCAUCAUAAUAUUAACCAUCAUCAGAAUAUUCAAGGUUCUGAUCCACUUGCGAGAUUAGGUAGUGGUGAUAGUUGCACCAAUGUUGCUGCUGGUGGUUCUCAUGCAAAUCCAGCGAACUGGAUGUAUUGGCAGACUAUGACCGGUGGGACAGCAGCCUCCUUGGCACCUGUUGUUCCGGCUGAGCCGACGCAGCCUCCAGUGGACCGUGACCGCCCCACCAUGCAGACACAGAGUUCUCACCAGGGUCGAAGUGCAUCCGAUAGGAGACAGGGUUGGAAGCCAGAAAAGAACUUGAGGUUCCUUCUACAAAAGGUUUUGAAGCAAAGUGAUGUCGGAAGUCUGGGGAGAAUUGUUUUGCCAAAAAAAGAGGCAGAAACACAUUUGCCAGAAUUGGAGGCAAGAGAUGGAAUUUCGAUUACAAUGGAAGACAUUGGAACUUCUCGAGUUUGGAAUAUGCGUUAUAGCAUCAGAUAUUGGCCUAACAACAAAAGCAGGAUGUAUUUGCUGGAGAACACCGGUGAUUUUGUGAAAGCUAAUGGACUCCAAGAAGGAGAUUUCAUAGUGAUAUAUUCUGAUGUGAAGUGUGGCAAAUUUAUGAUAAGGGGAGUUAAAGUGAGGCAACAAGGAACAAAACCAGAGGCAAAAAAAGCAGGAAAAUCACAGAAAAACCAGCAUGGGAAUAAUGCUGCAAAUUUAGCUGGAACUGCAGUGGAUAAUAAUGGCACGCCAUCUUCACCAAAGAGAAAAAAAUGAAAAAGAUAUCAAUUAAUUAAUAUAUAUGUAAGAUAUAGUAAGAUGCAUAAUAAUAUAUAUUUAAAUAUAGUAGAGUAGAGUCAAUAAAAGAGACUUUGAGCUGAACAUGCAAAGCUUAUAAGGAUCUGUAGUAUUAUUUGUUUGGAAUUCAUUUGCAAAUUGUUGUGUGAAAAUGAUGUAUGUGGAUAUGUGUAUUUAAACUUUGUAAGGGUUGUACUUGAGCUGUCUCCAUUUGUAACUUUGAUUUUGAAGUUCAUAGAAAAUCAUGGUGCAGAUGAAACAAUAAAGAAUAUUUUCGUGUAUUGA